AUGGUUUGUGCAGACAACCUGUCGUGCUUCACGCACGGGUGCAGCACGGGCUGGGUGUCGGGCGUGCUGGGCAGCGAGGCGCUGGCGGGCGGCGCGUGGCUGGCGGCGCUACCGUGCCUCGUGGCGCUGCCCGCCGCGCCCUUCUUCGCCGUGCUGGCCGACGCGCGCGGCCGCAAGGCGGGCGCGCUCUGCAUCUGUGCCAGCUUCAUCGUGAGCUGGGCGCUAGCAUGGUCGGGCGCGCGCGGCGUGUGGGCGGCGCGCGUGGCGGCGGGCGCGGGCGGCGCGGGCGCGCUGGCGCUGGCGCCGCUCUACUGCGCCGAGAUCGCGCCGCGCGCCACCGGCCUGGCCGCCAUGCCGGCGCUGGCCACCAGCUGCGGCAUCGUGUGCGCGUACGCGGCGGGGGGGGCGCUGGGGGCGCGCGCGCUGGCGCUGGCGCUGGCGGCGCCGCCCGCGCUGCUGCUCGUGGCGCUGCUGUGGCUGCCCGAGACGCCCUCCUACCUCAUCAGUGUCGGCCGCAUACAGGACGCAGCUAAAGUAAUGUGCUGGUUCGAGGGCUCGGACUUCCGCGAAGACCUGACGGACGUGAUCGAGCAGCAGGAGGUGAAGAUCCGCACGUCGGAGUGGUGCGGGCGGCGCGAGCUGCGCCGGCGCGAGUCCGACACCUUCACGCCCAUGCUGGCGCGCGCCCCGCCCGCGCAGAGACAAGAGCGCUCCGCCUGCAAGCAGCUCUUCGGGUCGCGGCGGUCGCGGCGCGCGCUGGCGUCGUGCGCGGUGGUGCUGAGCGCGGCGGCGGGCAGCGGCGCCGGCGCCGUCAGCAGCUUCGCGGCCGCCGUGCUGCGCCACUCCGCGCACCCGGUGCCCACGCUCAACCUCACCGCCUACAACUACACCAUGUACAACGGCACUGCUCCUCGCUCGCUGUUCGAGCCGUCGGAAGCCGGCUCCAUACUGUGCGGCGCGGCGCUGGUGCUGGGAGCCGCCGUCGCCACCGUGUCUGUCGACAAACUUGGCAGAAAGAUGCUGUUGCUGUGGUCGUGUUCAGGUAUAACGUGCUGCCUCGCAAUCCUGGGCGCGUACUGCGACCCCAACCUUCACCUGCACUCCUGGUACUCUCACCGCUUGUGGCCUUACAAACGAACGCACAAUCUGAAGGAGAAGGAUCUGCAACUGACAGACAACUUCACAGAUAAUGUGCAUCCACAAUGGAAAAAUUACACCACUGAUGUAACGAGGUACAGGGUAUCCGCGGAGAACGACACUUUGCCCGGCGAGUUCAGCGUGCACAACGUGUCGGGCGUGUCGGACGUGUCGGGCGUGUCGGACGUGUCGGACGCGUCGGGCGGCAAGCUGUGGACGCCGGUGGCGCUCAUGUCGCUCGUGCUCUUCCUCUACAACAUCGGAUUGGGUUCUGUGCCUUAUGUACUUAUAUCUGAAUUGUUUGCCAUCAACGUGAGAAGCCUCGCAUCCAGUCUGCUCAUAUCGUGGACGUGGCUGAGCAGCUUCCUGCUGCUGCGGUACUACGGCUCGCUCGCCGUGCUGGUGGGGCUGCACGGCACCUACUACAUCUGCGCCUCCGUCACGCUACUGGGCGCCUUGUACAUCUUCUUUAUCAUACCCGAGACCAAGGGGAAGGCGCAGGAACAGAUCGAUGAAGACCUCGAUGGACCACUGCUGGUGCUUAGGAGGAGACGGAAGGAUCGUGAUCAGCGAUGACAGAGGUUGCCUAAGAUUUUCACAGUGUUCUCAUUGUUGUAAGCUGCGGUUGUUCAUGAUUCCCUGGUAGGGACUAGACUUUGCCAAACGUUAAUUCUCGCUCAAGAUUGACUGUAGCGAUGUUAAAACAUAUCCGAGAUAAGAGUGUUCUGGGUAAAGUAGGAAUAUUAUUAGCAGAUCGAUGAUCGAUAGCGUGGCAACCAUUAAACAGUGAAAUAUUUUCUUAUAUAUAAAGUACCUGGAUGUUGACAGAGUUUGCGAGAGUAACAACCGAUUACUGACAUCUCCGAGCUUGUGGCGGUAUUGUUGAGCACGCUGAAAGUGACCACAGCUAUAUUCUAUGGUUUUCUCAAUUGAUCAUAACAAUAUUUUUGAUAGAUACUUAACACGAGGUAACAGAAAGGUGAAAGAAUCUUGCACUUUUUAGAGUUCACGGAACUGAACAGUUUGUGCGGAAAUAGUGAAAUAUUCCUGUGUGCUGAGGAGGUAUAUUUCUAAAAGGAACAUUUACCACAUUUAGAGCUUAUUGCAGUUCAACAGUUGUCGUCAUCAGCAGGUGUACUGUGUGAGCGCGCCGCACACCACUCGCAACACUACAGUUGUGUUUACUGCGCAAUCAGCAUCUAGCUUACUGCAAUGAUCAAUGAGUGUGGGAUGCAAUGAAAUAGUUACAUUCAGUAUUUUAAAUAGCAUGCAUGUAGCAAAGUACAAUCAGCUCACCUUUCUGUUGCACUUUGUAUACAAGCCCCAAAAUUAUACAUUUAGUAAAUACUUAAGUAUAGCUAACUGUGUUGGCAUUGUUGUGUGUGCACCAAUCGUAAUGAAGUACUAGGCGGCCAUAAUGAGGGUAGAGAUGUCGCUCAGGAGUGGACACAGAAGCCGCAGCGUUUUGCUGCACUCCUUACUGUGGUCGGCUAGUUCGUCCUGCACGAGUACCGUGCUACCGGCAAUGUGUUGUGUGACUUGGCCUGUCGACACGUGCUGUCGGAGCGAACACUCGAGCUCAAGUGAACUAACUCAUACUUAGCUGUUACUGUGAGGCAUACCUGUGUGUUGCUCACACAAAGUCAAUAUAUUGUAAAAUAUCGUGUGAUAAUAUUUUUAGAUUAGUUUGUUUCUGAUAAUAUGUAGUUGUACGGCGUUGUUGGGAAAAUGAGUUGGAAGAAACAAAAGUAUUGAGUUUAUUUUUUAUAAGUUAUUUUGAACAAACUUAAAAAUAGGGCUAAUCUCACUAUACCUAAAUGUCAUCAAUGUUUUCAUCAAUCAUCCUCAAUUUAUUUUUUGAACCAAUGAAAUGUAAAGUUGUACCCCAGAGGCCACGCCAUUUGAAAUAUCACUCGCUUCUGUAGAUGUCGUUCUAUACAUACAACCGGCACACAACAUAACGAUGCAAAGCUACAAGUUACGAGGCAACAUAGCUUCGCAAUGUCACGUAUAGUGAAGACUUGUUUAGUUAGUAGAGUGGUAUAUCAUCAAAAAUUACUAUUAACUCCACUGUAUGAACCCUUUUUGGUUUCCGAACAUUUGACACGAACUGCAUUCACGUUCAUUGUCACUUGUAUUGUGUUGUUAUUUAUACCAUGUUCACAGUGGAAGCACUCGGCCGCAGUAGGAUUACUAUUAGUCUCAGGGUGUUAAAUUACCUACUUACCUAAUUGUUGAGGUGAACGCGUGUGUGCUGCGCACUGACGCGCGGCGCACACGUUGCCGAGCUGACGCGCGGCACACAUGUUGCCGAGCUGACGCGCGCUCACGUGCGGCGGGCGUUUGACAGAGCUCAUUGUUUCAUGCUCGUAUGUACUCGUUUUUGUUCCGAUAUUGAGUGCGCCCAACUAUGUAAAGUGUUGAUACAUGCACAAACAUCUGUACAGAUCCUAUACAUAUACAAUAUACACUACAUUAUUGUGUACUUAUUAAUAGCUCAAAGUAUUUAGAUUCAAGUUCAUCGUUGAACAUGAUUUUUAGCCAAAUUUUAUCGAAAAAUAAAAUAUAAAAUAUUUGUGGAAUUGAGUGUUGAUAUUAUAAAACAUAUGUACUAAGUUUUGUAUGGGAGAAUUAAUAAAUGGCUUUAAAUGUG